CUGACUGAAUCUAGUCGAACCGAUACCGAUAAUACAUCUAUCGCGCAAAUUGCCAUCCAGUUCCCAAUAAAAUUUAGGCAAACAUGGUUCAAUUCGACGAAGUUGCAAAAGUUGUUGGAGCAAUAGUACUACCUCAACUGGGCGGAUGGGUCAAUGGAUACCUCACACGUCAGGAAAUUAAAGGUUGGUAUCAGAAUCUAAAAUUUCCAUCAUUUCGACCACCAAACUGGGUUUUCGGUCCGGUGUGGACCUCCCUUUACGCCGGAAUGGGUAUGGCUUCGUAUCUGGUGUGGAGAGAUGGUGGCGGCUUUGAAGGUGUCGCCCGAGGACCCUUGAUACUUUAUGGAACCCAGUUGGCUUUAAACUGGGCCUGGACUCCAAUCUUCUUCAAGCGACAUGAGUUGAAAUGGAGUUUUAUUGAGCUUGCAGCUUUGACAACUACCGUUGCAAUAACAGGAAUAUCUUUUUUCAACGUAAACAAAGUUGCCGGUUAUUUGUUCUUUCCUUACUUUGCAUGGUGUUCGUUUGCGACAUUGCUAAAUUAUAAAAUAUUCAAGCUAAAUCCUACGGCCACCAAUGAAGAGAUAAAGGAAAGCAAACAAAAAUGAAAUGCCAAGAUUGAAUGACAUCAUCACCAUUGUCAAUUACGCAUCAAGUCUUCCAACAGUGCAAUUAUAUCUAUAUAAGCGGUAAGGUGCUAAAUUAGACAGUCCACAAGACGUUGGUUUCACAAAUCAGCGGUGGGAUGCUCUGGUUCUGUAAAUAGAAAAAAGUCCACGAAAUAAAUGGAAAAAAAUCAGCUGAUCAGAUACCGUGUCUAAAAGUAAUUAAUUUACGUUAUUGAAUCAGAAGCGUCUUAUGGAUUGCCCAAUUUUCAUUAUCAAUGAAUGUAAUAUAUUGUGGAUAAGAGCACACAUAAAUUUUUACAUAUCAACCAUACAUGUUAGUACGAUCGUAGGUGUAGCCCUGAAAAUGUCAUGUACCAAAUGCCUACCAAAAUAGGUUAUGUUCCGUAAUAUUAUGCAUUGGUAGAAAGGGAAACAUGGGAUACGAUAAAAGGUAUAUAGAAAUUGACAUCAAUAAAA